UCAUUGAACCUUCCAUUCUCAUUCUCAUCAGCCUCCAUCAAUUCUUGACGAAGUUUGAUUUUGACUGUUCAUUGAUCCAUGGAGAUGGAAGAGGCACGAGAGUCCACUAGUUUCAGAGUACUGAUGUUCCCAUGGUUAGCUCAUGGACACAUCUCUCCCUUCUUGCAACUCUCCAAAAAACUGACCCAAAAGAAUUUCCAAAUAUACUUCUGUUCUACGGCCAUUAACCUCUGUUUUAUCAAGAAAAACUUAGGUGAAAACUCAUCUGACAAUUUAAGACUAGUAGAACUUCAUUUGCCAGACGUUCCUGAACUUCCUCCAUGCUAUCACACAACAACGAAACUACCACCCCAUCUCAUGUCAACCCUCAUGCGUUCUUUUCAAAGUGCAAAGGCCAGCUUUAGCAGCAUCGUCUCAACUUUGAAACCUGAUUUGGUUAUUUAUGAUAGUUUCCAAUCAUGGGCCUCUACACUGGCUGCAAUCCAUAGCAUUCCUUCAGUUCAUUUUUCGACUUCAGGGGCAGCUACGAUGUCUUUCUUUUAUCACCAGCUUAGUUCAAGAAGGGAUAGUGGUAUUUUUCCUUUUUCUGAAAUUUUUCAGAGGGAUUACGAAAGAGAUAAAUUCGAUUCCUUAGUUGAAUCCAACAGGGGGGUUGCAGAGGAUUUUGCUUUCAGAAGCUUUGAGCUAUCUUCUGAGAUCGUUUUGAUGAAAAGCUGCGUAGGAGUUGAGGAGAAGUAUCUUGAUUACUUGUCUUUCUUGUGUGGGAAGAAGAUGGUAACUACAGGUCCACUCAUUCAAGAAUCACACCACAACUAUGAGAAUGAUGAUGAUGUGGGUAUCAUCGAAUUUCUGAAUAAAAAAGAACAAUCUUCGGUGGUUUUUGUUUCUUUUGGGAGUGAAUAUUUUUUGUCCACAGAAGAAAGGGAAGAAAUAGCAUACGGGCUGGAGCUCAGUAAUUUAAGUUUUAUCUGGGUAGUUAGAUUUGCUGAGGGGAACACAAUUAGCAUUGAGGAAGCAUUGCCAGAAGGAUUUCUUGAGAGGGUGAAAGAAAGAGGGAUGGUUGUGGAUAAAUGGGCACCUCAGGCUAAAAUUCUUGAGCAUUCAAGCACAUGUGGAUUUGUGAGUCAUUGUGGAUGGAGUUCUAUAAUGGAAAGUUUGUACUAUGGUGUUCCAGUGAUUGCGAUGCCUAUGCAUCUUGAUCAGCCUACUAAUGCUAGACUUUUGGUGGAAAUUGGUGUAGGAAUGGAGGUUCUGAGGGGUGACAAUGGGCAGAUAAGGAAAGAAGAGGUUGCUAGAGUUAUAAAAUUGGUGGUUUUAGAGAAAAAUGGGGAAGAAAUAAGAGGAAAGGCUAGAGAAUUGGGCAAGAAGUUGAGAGCAAAAGGUGAAGCAGAGCUGGAUGAAGCUUUGGAGGAGCUUAGGAAUCUAUGCAGCAAGCACAAUCAGCAGAGAAGCCGAAGGCCCUCAUGACAAUUUUUUCCAUAUAUAUGUUUGGCCCUACUUAUAUAUCUCUAUUGUUAGAAUAAUUUAAACCAAGCUAAUUAGAAUUCAAAAA